AGUCAUUCCGACCAGAUCGCCAGAGAGCAUUGCACUUCCAACCCAUUGAACCCCCACUACUCCCUACAUCCCAGCUCUCGACCAUGGCCUCGACUUCUAGAAACGCAACCCGUGCCCUGCGCACCGCCCUGCGGCAGCUCAGCCAGCCUCGCGUGCAGCAACGCACCUUCGCCGUUGCCGCCAAUGCCUCCCGCCCGAGCGUGCAAAAGCUGGCCACGUCUGCCUUUGUGCAGCAGACGCGAGGCAAGAAGACCGUCGACUUUGCCGGCGACAAGGAGGUCGUCUAUGAGCGCGACGACUGGCCGCGUGACAAGAUCCUGGACUACUUCAAGAACGACACCCUCGCCCUCAUCGGCUACGGUUCCCAAGGCCACGGCCAAGGCCUCAACCUCCGUGACAACGGCCUGAACGUCAUCAUUGGCGUGCGAAAAGACGGAGCGAGCUGGAAGGAGGCACAACAAGAUGGCUGGGUACCCGGCAAGAACCUCUUUGAGGUCGAGGAGGCCAUCAAGAAGGGCAGCAUCGUCAUGAACCUGCUCUCCGAUUCCGCCCAGAGCAGCACCUGGGACAAGAUCAAGCCCCUGCUCACCAAGGACAAGACUCUCUACUUCUCCCACGGCUUCUCCGCCGUCUUCAAGGACAUCACCAAGGUCGAGCCCCCCACCGACAUCGAUGUCAUCCUCGUCGCCCCCAAGGGUUCCGGCCGCACCGUGCGCACCCUCUUCCGCGAGGGCCGCGGCAUCAACAGCAGUUUCGCCGUCUUCCAGGACGUGACCGGCAAGGCAGAGGAGAAGGCCGUGGCAUUGGGCGUGGCCAUCGGCUCCGGCUACCUGUACAAGACGACCUUCCAGAAGGAAGUCUACUCCGACCUGUACGGCGAGCGCGGCUGCCUGAUGGGCGGCAUCCACGGCAUGUUCCUGGCUCAGUACGAGGUGCUGCGCGAGAACGGGCACUCGCCGAGCGAAGCCUUCAACGAGACCGUCGAGGAGGCCACGCAAUCCCUCUACCCGCUCAUUGGCCAGAACGGCAUGGACUACAUGUACGCCGCGUGCUCCACCACCGCCCGCCGCGGGGCCAUCGAUUGGAGCUCGCGCUUCAAGGAGACCCUGAAGCCCUUGUUCGCCGACCUGUACAAGAGCGUGAAGGACGGCAAGGAGACGGAGCGCGCGAUGGAGUACGGCGGUCGCCCCGACUACCGCGAGGCUUUUGAAAAGGAGAUGGAGGAGAUUCGCGGCAUGGAGAUCUGGCGGGCUGGAAAGGCUGUGCGAAGCUUGCGUCCCGAGAACCAGUAGGUUGGGGACGCUGUGCGUGUCGCGGCCGGAUAUUGCGGAUUGGGAGGAGUGCUAUUCGCGGGGGUGCGGCGAUUGUAGUUUUUGUAUCGUUGGGCAGGUUAGACAGAGCGCAACCAUCACAUAUGUGCCAUCCACA